AUGAGUGGAGAAAAAGAAAAAAAGCGUGUGAUUCUCGACAUUGAGCCAAGAACACAAUGGGAAAAUGGACAUGGAUUUUGCGGUGAAACUGCACUUCAAUCUAUUGGUUUGUACUAUGGUUGUUGGAUCUCACAACAGUUAACACGUUCGAUUAAUGAAGGAGAACUAUUAAUAACGGAUGAUGGAAACGAUGCGGAUACUCUUGAAACUCUUCUUUUCAAGUUUGAGAAAUGGAAUUUUAAAGAGGAAGCGCAACCUCAAUUUCAGCGACACUGCAUGUGGCUCAAAAAACAUCUUGUACAACGGCAUCCAUGUAUUAUUGCCGUUUAUAUUGCCGAUACAGAAGAAAUAGAUGAUGAUUACGAUCAUAUUAUGCCUGCAAUUGGGAUUCAAUAUAGUGAAUCCGAUGACAAAUAUGAUCCACAAGAUGCACUUCUAUUCUACAAUUUAUUCGAUUUGAAACUUCUCGAACGACAACUCGGCACAAAUGAUAUGGUUAAGACUAGAAGAACAUGCAAGAGUACGACCGACACUGGUGGCUGUCUUCCACAACAAAUCAAUUACGGCUAUGCCAUUUUAGGGAUUAAAGAUGAACAAAAGACUACAGUACCUGUUCGUCUUAAGGUCAGCAUGUCACAUGAGCCAAAUUUAUCAACGGGUGCUAGUCCAGUUAUAAUGCAAGGUACUAUCGCCGUGUUUACUCUUGUACGUGGUCGAAAUUAUGCCAUCCUACGCUACAAUUCCUACAAACAAGUGCCAGAAUCGGGUGAUAAUGAAGCAUUCCUUCGUUCUAAUUAUCAUAGUCGUCACGAAUUUCGAGCUGAGAGUGACACUUACUCGUAUGUCGACCCAGAAGGAAUUCCGUCGAAUGGUUCAACCUACUAUCGCUGUGUACCUAUCUGA